AUGUGCAUCUACAACACCGCCCACCAGCAGUGUCCGCCCACAAACCACAUCACAGCUAUCGCCUCGUCGCCCUCCAGACCCCCAGCCCCAGCCGAGCCCGACUUCGGCCUCGACUCCCCCCUCGGCCUGCUGUCCUCCUUGGCCGCCGCCCCGCUGUACCUGCACGCGACGCUCAGGGGCAAACCCAAGGCAUGGGACGACAUCCUCGGCGCCCUUCCCACGCCGCUGCUCCUCAGGCCCACGCUCGACGUCGGAUGCGGCCGCGGCAUUGUGCUCCUCAAAACAGCCCGGCGCAAGAAGAACCUCGCGUCGUCGUCGUCGUCGUCGUCACCGCCGCCGCCGCCGGCCGUGGCCCCAGCCUACGGGAUCGACAUCUUCCGCACCGCCGACCAGACCGGCAAUACCCCCCGGGCGACGUAUAAGAACGCCGCGGCCAUGGACGUCCUCGACCUGACGGUCCUGCACACUGCAAGCUUCACCGAGACGUUUCCCUUUGCAGACGGCGUGUUUGGCCUGGUGACGGCCAGUCUGUCGAUACACAACGCCCAGAGGGAGGGGAGAGUCUUUGCCGUCAAGGAGAUGGCAAGGGUAUGUGCGCCGGGGGGCAGGGUUAUUAUUGUAGAUUUGUACGGGUAUUUCAAGCAGCAUAGGAGGGCAUUAGAGGAAAGUGGCAUGAGGGACAUACGUGUUUCGCUUUUAGGCUUUGGCAUGAUAUAUGGGAUUCUGCCGUGCCAGUUAUUAACUGCUAUAAAGCCUUAG